UUCCCCCUCUAUAAAGUUCCUCCCUCACGCCACCACGCCUCCGCAGACUGAGAGAAGAGAAGUGGAGAGAGAGAGAGAGAGACAUGGCGAUGGCAUGGCCGUCGGAUAUGCAAGGAAGGUGCCUGAAACAUCCGGACCGGCGUCCAUCUCCGGGCGUCUGCUCCGUCUGCCUCAAGGAGCGGCUCGUACAUCUUUCCCACUGUAAGCCCUCUUCCUACUCCUCCGCCUCCCUUUCCACCUCCUACUCCCACUACUCCUACUCCCCCUCUUCUUCCGAGUCCUCUACUCGCUCGACUCCUCCUCUUCCGCCAGCUUCUUCCUGGGCCCCCCCACACGAGGAGGGGGAGGAGCACGAGCCGGGGCCGUCGUCCCUGAUGAGCAAGGAGGGGACGCGGUUGUCCGAGAGGGCGGGGAGGUUGUGGCCGCUUAGGAGGAGCAGGUCGGCAGCGUAUGAGGUGAAGAGACCGGUCGCGGCAGAGCCGACGAAGAAGACCGUCGGUGGUGGCGCAGGCGGCGGUGGGUUGUGGUCAAUGCUGAUGAUGAAGGGGAGGAAGGAGGCGGCCGAGGAGAAGGGGAAGGGGAAGGGGAAAGGGAAAGGGCGGACAUGGCGAUUUGGGCAGUCCAAGACGGUGAAGGAUAUCGCCUUUCUUGGUGUUCGUUGAGAAUGAAGGCAAGUGGGCGGUUUUCCCUGAUUUUUCCUUUCUCCUUCUCUUUUUGCUCUCUUAUUUCAUUUUUCAUUCGUCUUCGGCGACUGUAAGAAAUUUGUAUCUAUACAAUAUGUAGGAUCCACAGUGUUUACCAUAUGUUUUAUUUGUCUC